AUGUUCCGCCGUGGUGGUGGCUUCCGACAGAAAUUAGUUCACUUCACCCUGAGGGGAGCGCUGUACGGCUCAUGGAUCCUGGGACUGUUCCCUUUCACCUACGACCGCUGGACGAGGAAAUUGCAUCGUUCCAAGUGGCUAAUUGGCUAUGGCAUCGUCCUCAAUGUGGGCAUCGUGGCCAUGAUCCGGGCCAACGACACGGAGACGGAGACACCCGUGCGUAUGGAGGUCUUCCAGCGAAAUCCCCUGGCCGAGCAAAUCAACGCCGCUCACGAUUUGCACAGCCUCGUUAUGGUAGCCCUGAUGCUGCUGCGGUGCUACUGGCGCAGCGAGGACAUUGCCAAGAUCCUCAACGAGCUGAUGGAUCUCCAGAGGUGCCACUUCCGCCACUAUACCCUGGACGAUAGCUGCAGCUUCGAUGACUUUGUGCUGUACAAGGGCUUGUCCGUGGUGCUGGAAGUCUGUUCUAUGCUCAUAAUGGAACUGGGAAUGAAUCCUAAAUACAGCCUGCAGCUGUUUCUCGGUGUCACCGGUCUAUGCACGAUCAUCCUGGGGGUCCUCCUGGGCGCCUCGCACUUCCAUCUGGCCGUCGUCUAUAUCUAUCGCUGUGUGUGGAUCGUGAAUCGAGAGCUGCUGCGAUUUGCCAACCAGCUGGCGGAGGGCGAAGCAGUGGACUCCUCCAGCGUGGACAGACUUCUCUGCCUGUACAGUCGCCUGCUGGAGCUGAACCGUCGCCUGGCCGGCCUCUACGACUACCAGAUGGUACUGGUGAUGGUCAGCUUUCUCUCCGCAAACAUCUUUGGCAUCUACUACUACAUCAUCUUCAGCAUCAGCCUGCACAAGGGCAUGGAUCUCAUCCUGUGGCUGAUUGUGCCCCAGGCCCUGAUCAUCAACAUGUGGGACUUCUGGCUGGCCAUCGCCGUAUGCGAUCUGGCCGAACGAACGGGCAGAAAGACCUCCACGAUCCUCAAGCUCUUCAAUGACAUCGAGCACUUGGAUGUGGCAAUGGAACGAAGUAUCUCGGACUUUGCUCUGUUCUGCAGCCAUCAAAGGUUUAGGUUCCGUCACUGCGGACUGUUCUACGUGAACUAUGGGAUGGGCUUCCGCAUGGCCAUUACCAGCUUCCUCUAUCUGCUGUUCCUCAUCCAGUUUGAUUUUAGCAAUCUCUGA